AUGACAACCACGUCAUCUGAACCUCUUUCAUCAAAUUACUUUGCGAGCUACACGUCUGCCUCGUCUCUCCACAACUUUGCCCGCAGACAUUCGAUUUAUGGUACUGAAGACAGGGUUGUACUGGAUGUAGGGUCACUCUAUAUCAAGUGUGGGUUUUCCGGGGAAUCCCAUCCACGCCAUAUAAUUCCAACAUGGACUCGACUGCAGUCAUCACGGACUAGCAAUGGAGAGGCUCAUUGUGUGGAUGGACCCAUGAUAGAGCUGUACGACUUGGACCUGAUGGCAAAGGGAAACCUGAAACAACUAGAAGAGAAAUUAAAGAAAUUGCUUCAUGACAUCUAUUUCCGAUUACUAUUAACUGAUCCAAAGUCUCGCAAAGUGAUCUUGUGUGAGUCCCCGUUGGCACCAGUUGUGCUCAAGCAGACGAUUGCCAAGAUCCUCUUUGAUUAUUUCCAAGUGCCUUCGAUUUCUUUUGUUCCCAUACACCUUAUGGCUUUACUUACUACUGGAAUGACAAAAGGAUUGGUGGUGGACUGCGGCCAUCUCGAAACAAAUAUUUUACCCUUAUAUGAUAUGCGCCCAUUGCUUCCUUAUGUCACUACCACUCCACUAGCAGGUAGAUCCUUGGGACUUCGUUUGAGAGCUCUAUUGCUAGGCCAUGGUCGCUAUAUACCCCCUUCUACCCUCCACCUCUCUCUUGCCCCUCAGAAUCCUGUGCCGGUUGCUCUCCUGACAUCCGAUCUACUUGAGGAUAUGAAAACCAGGGUGCUGUUUUGCUCUCCUGUCAAAAUGCCACACGAGGAAGAAGAUCGCCUGGUGGAGUACAAGAACCUUAGCAUUGCUACCGACCUCUAUUAUCCCAUUGCGCUGCCGGAUGGUGGGAAGGCCAAUCUGUGGAUCCCAGGCUGGGUCCGUGAAAGAGCAGCCGAGGUUCUUUUCGAAGGUGAUGAGGAUGAGCCCAGUGUAGUAUACACAAUUCUCGACUGUCUUUUGAAACUUCAACCUGAUCUCAGAAAGCACAUGGUGGGAUCGCUACUGAUUAUUGGUGGAACAUCACUUUUGCCUGGAUUUCAUGCACGCCUUAAGCAGGAAUUGCUGCAGAUCAUGAAAGCACCGACUGAGUCAGAGAGAAAACGCUAUUCAUCGCUGCUCCAGCUGUGGGAAUCAGUCAAAUUUAUAGAGUCUCCCGAGGAAAGUGGUCGAGUGUUUAUGAAUAAUGUUCGUGGGUGGAUUGGAGGAUCAUUAAUGGGAUCGCUUAAAUUAUCUGGAGAAGAGAUGUCGCGCGAGAAGUUCGCCGGCCAGGUAAUGGACUGGUCGAUUGGAAACUGGAACUCAGAGGCAGAAACGUGA